AUGACCAAGCUUUUCACCCCUCUUCGCGUCGGGCGCAUGGAGCUCUCCAACCGCAUCGCAAUGGCACCCAUGACUCGCUUCCGCGUUGCCGAUGACCACGUCCCUCUUCCCCUCGUCAAGGAGCACUACGCCCAGCGCGGCUCCACGCCAGGGACCCUCCUCAUCACCGAAGGAACCCUAAUCACCCCCCAAGCCGGCCUCUACCCCAACGUUCCCGGCAUCUGGAACGACGCCCAGAUCGCCGCUUGGAAGGAAGUCACCGACGCCGUCCACGCCAAGGGCUCCUACAUCUAUAUGCAGCUAUGGGCGCUGGGCCGCGCCGGAAGCGCAGACCUCCUCAAGGCUUCUGGCUUUGACCUUGUCUCUGCCAGUGAUAUUCCUAUGUCUAGCGAAGCGCCUGCUCCGCGCCCGCUGACUGAAGAAGAGAUUCAGUCUUAUAUUCAGGACUAUGCGCAGGCUGCACGCAAUGCCGUCGCCGCGGGCUUCGACGGUGUCGAGAUCCACGGUGCCAAUGGCUACCUGAUUGACCAAUUCAUUCAAGACGUCAGCAACAAGCGCACCGACCGCUGGGGCGGCAGCGUCGAGAACCGCGCCCGCUUCGCGAUCGAAAUCACCCGGGCCGUGUCCGAUGCCAUCGGCGCAGACCGCACGGCCAUCCGCUUCAGUCCCUACAGCACCUUCCAGGGAAUGAGAAUGGAGAACCUGCACCCACAAUUCUCGUAUCUGGCGCGCGAACUGGCCCCACUGAAGCUGGCGUACACGCACUUGAUCGAGGGCCGCGUUGCUGGUUAUGCGGAUAUCGAGUCUGCCGAUGAUCUCCUGUUCUUCGUGGAUGCGUACCGGGGUGCGGGCCCCGUCGUGAUUGCUGGUGGGUAUCAGCCUGAGUCGGCCAAGGAGGCGGUUGAUCAGAAGUACAAGGAUCAUGAUGUGGUUAUUGGAUUUGGUCGGCCGUUUACGUCGAAUCCGGAUCUGGCGUUCCGUAUUAAGGAGAAUGUGCCUCUUGUGCCGCAUAAACGCGAGGUGCUGUAUCUUCCGAAGGAUCCUAAGGGAUAUAACGACUGGCAGUUUAGUGCUGAGUAUAAGAAGGCUGUUGAGACUGCGGCUUAA